AUGUCUCAAACUGGGAAAGUCCUUCAUUUGUAUGUGGAGGUGAGAUCCCCACCAGAGCAUGAUGGAAAAGGUAGUUCCUGUGAGACGGCUGUGGAGCAAGACAGUCCCGUUGAAGCUUUGACCAAAUUAGCACAGGCGGCAUCUGGGUUUCCCACACCACCCAGCAGCACAUUCAAGCCAAAUGUUAGCUUCAGACUGCAGCCUUCACACAAUUCUCUGGAUUCCCCUCAAAGACGUAGCAUUCCCCAGCAGGAAUCAUUCCAAGAAGUGUCCUCUGGCCUCAAUAACAACAUUGACAGUAAACUAUUAAAACAUGCCCACUCGUCAAACUCUGGACGGACAUCUGGUCCUGAGACACCUUGUCGAGCAUGCAGCCAUCACAAGAACUCUAAACCAGUGCAGGGACAGAGGUCUGUGGUCACUUUCAGCUACAUUGAGAAGGCCCAUGUAAAAACCGUAGAGAGUCUGUGUAAUAGUCCGGGUGGAAUAAAGGAGGUUGCGGCUUGCCCACGUAAGAGGUGUAGUGACCCAGUGUGGUCACAACCCGCGGAAUCUACCUGCAAUAAUAGUCAAUUUCACCAGCGUAUGGGUUCUACUUUGGAUCCUAUCGGUCAAGCUGCAACACAGCGAGCCCUUAAGGAAUUUGGGUCUCCCCAAUUGAGGUGCAAGUUUUCUCAUUGCUCAGACUGGAGUCCGGAGUUUCAUCAACGCCAUAGAGAACGAUGCCAGUCUUGGGCAGGCCCACCAGUGCCAAACUGCAGUGCCUACCGCCAUGAUCCUGACCCAGGCAGGGUAGGAGCUGCAUGUGGUGUCCCCAAAAGCCCAGCAUCAGAUGCUUUCUCAUCCCACAACAACCAGCAGAAAUCCACCUCCAGGUCCCAAGGAUGCCCCAUGCAGAAUCUCCGUUCAAAGCAAGACUGCUCCGCUCCAGUCAGUCAAAGUUGGGGAAGCCGGGCUGAAGACGGGCCUCUGUCAGGGCAAAGGACCAGCCUCACAAACACACCCACUCGUGGUUUGAACCAGCUGAGUGGAAGCAAUAACUCCUCAGCUCUGAACAGCCCUGAGAUAGCCCGCAAGAUUGCAGAAGAGGCCACCAAGGUGUCAACAAUUUUCAACGAGGUCCGAAGUUCUCCUCCUCCCGUUGUUUUUGGGCGUUCGUCUAAUCUAAGCAGCACAAACUAUGGGUAUCCUUCUAGAGAAAUCCAGUCCUUACAGCAGAGUCCAGUGCAGCAUUCGGCUGUCAAGAUGAACAUACCUGUGCAUGAAGACUGUUCUACGACAAAUGGGGUUCCUCCGCACCUGCAUGAAGCACCAGCUACUAAGAGCUUGGAUUUAAGAGAUGACCUGGCCAAUCACUCAUUCUGCUCUGUCCCAGAUUCUCCAGCUCUCCCAUCUCGUCUUCUUCGUACAAAUCUGUCCAAAGCAGACGUGUGUUCUCCAAUCCGAGAUCCUCGUCAGCUUAGAGCUGACCUGCCAGUCUCUGACAGCCCCACUUUACACCGUCACAAGCCUCCACAGUACACUGGAGAGGAGGUGACAUCUGGGGAACCCUGGUUUCUGGACGAGGAGGACUGGGAUGACCAUGUCAUCGCAGAAAGCGUGGAGAUCUCCAGGCGGUUGUUUAUCGGUCAGAGUGUGGACGAUUCUCCGGUUAGUUGGACAUCUAGACAGCAGUGGAAAGAGCAGGCAAAGAAAGAUGAAGGGAAGUUCAGUUUGUCAGAAAAACUCGAAGGUAAUCUCAAGAGCAGCAGUCCAGUGUACAGAAAAAGCGUUAGAGUUGAGGUCAUAGAACGAGGAGAGGUGAAUGUGAGCAAUUCGGUAUGUGGAGCAAACCACAGCCCUGGGGAAAGUAUAGAGGAGAUGACCAGGCUAACACAGCAACAGAGACAGGCAGACUGGAGGAGAAGACAGGCUUUGCUUCUAGGGCUGGUAGUAUUAGAAGAGGGGGAGAGAGGAGAGGACGAACAGGGGUUUGGAGAUCACCAGGGUUUGGUUGGGUCAUCCCCGAGCUCUAGUGGAGUAACGGGAAGCCUAGGAGACAGAGAUUGCAUCUCACCUGAGUCCAGCCAGAACAGCAACCAAUCAGAUCACCCAUCAUCAGGAAUACAGUCUGAUGGCGGUUCUUUAGUGCCAGGUCCAUCUCUGCACUGUCAGAAAAUUGCUCGUGCCAAGUGGGAGUUUCUGUUUGGCACUCCAGCAGAAAACACUGCCAGCGAACAAGAGAAGAAUGUUCCAGAAUCCUCUACAGCUCCACCAAGUGGCCACUCCACCCCAAUGCCACCCUCAUAUCUGCCAUUGGAGGAGCUUGCUCUCAGAGCUAAUCAUGAUGUCCAACACGUGGAGGUGGAGCUAGUGACUCCGCCCCCUGCCACCCCAGGCACCUCCCCCAAAACGGGCAUAAUUCGGCGAACUUUGAAAUACUCCGAGACCGAUCUGGACGCCGUUCCUUUACGAUGUUACCGGGAGACGGACAUAGACGAGGUGCUGUUAGCAGAGCAAGAGGAUGCUGACUCAGCGUUUGGAAGUAACCGAAGUGUCAUGGGAACUUCCUGUGCUGGGAGCAGCCCUCUAGGAGAGAUGCCGAAUGAAAGAACAGAUGGACAGGAGGAUGGGGAGGAGGAGGAGGAGGAGGAUGUUGCGAGCUGGGUCACUGUCAGGAUGCAGGGCGAUGUGAGGAGGCUGUUGGCUGAUCAGCGAGAUGAGGAAGAGGAGUUUUACAGCAUGAUGCUAAAGAGGCCUCAAGAUCAUUUCAGUAACAACCACCCAGCUCUAAAAUCUCCCAUCCUGGUCCGUGGUCCUCGCAGAAGGUCCGGAGACAGUUUGGACACGUUCAGCCGGCAUUUUGAGAACAUCAUGGAGUCACACCGUGCCAAGGGCACCUCCUACAGCAGUCUGGACAGUCUCGACCCUCUGACCUCUAGCACUCAAACUGUCCUGACCUUUGACCUCCCCACACUGACUCCACAGGUGCUGGGUCAGAUCUACCAGAGCGCCCGGCAAAUCGUGGAGCUCAGCUUUGCGCCAUUGGCACACGUAGAGAUGCCCAGCCUGUCAGAGUCUGCACUGACGAUAACAGGGGAUACGGAUGCCACACGGGCGCCAUCCAGCGAACGUCUCAGCAGCGGGUCCGACGACCGCAACGGACAAAGCUGGCAGAGUGACCCACCACUUUCACUGCCCAGAGAGAAAUCUCCUCGCUUUGCUGCGGACCCAGAUUUGGAUCAGGAGCUGAGCGAGCGUUUGGGUUUGGGCAGUAAUGACACUCUCAGUAACGGUAACCUCGCUGAUCUGGACUCUGCCAAACGUCUGGCCAAGCGGCUCUUCAACCUCGACGGCUUCAGGAAGUGCGACGUUGCACGUCAUUUGAGUAAAAACAAUGACUUCAGUCGCCUGGUGGCAGAGGAAUAUCUGCGCUACUUCAAUUUUACUGAAAUGACUUUGGACCAAGCACUAAGGGCAUUUCUGCUAGAGUUUGCUCUGACAGGUGAGACGCAGGAGAGAGAGCGGAUCUUAGCACACUUUUCCCGUCGAUAUGUGCAGUGCAAUUCAUCUCUCACGCUAUCUGAAGACGGUGUCCACACGCUGACCUGUGCUCUUAUGCUGCUCAACACAGACCUGCACGGCCACUGCACCACAGCCUCGAACAUGAUUGGAGUGAACAGUCUGCACUCUGCCGGGCGCUUUCGCUCCCGCUCGCUCUGCUCGGUUCGAUACGGGCGAGAUUUCCGUAUGAUGGACCCGUUCCGUUACCCGCGAACGCCCAGAUCCCGAUCGCUCAAACCUCUGGUGUUUCCGGACCUCCUGGGAAAAGCUCAAGAUGCACAGAACCACCCGCAGGCCCGCAAGAGGAAGAGGGCCCUGUACAACUCUAUUAAAAAUGAAAAGCUGCAGUGGACAAUCGAUGAAGAAGAGUUGCGUAAGUCGUUCUCGGAGCUGGGUGAGCAGCGAGGAGAGUCUAACUCCAGAGAAGUGAAGCAGACGGCCUGCGGCUUCGUUCCUCCGUCCGGAGCGCUGCUCUACAAAACCGGUUUUCUGGUGAGGAAGGUCCACGCAGACUGUGACGGGAAGAGAACACCUCGUGGAAAAAGAGGAUGGAAAACAUUUUAUGCUGUUCUUAAGGGACUCAUCCUUUACCUGCAGAAAGGUGAGUAUCAGCCAGAUAAACAGUUAUCGGAUGAGGAUUUGAAGAAUGCGGUGUCUAUUCAUCAUUCCCUGGCCAUCAGAGCCACAGACUACAGCAAACGGCCAAACGUGUUUUACCUCCGGACCGCUGACUGGAGAGUCUACCUCUUUCAGGCCCCGAAUGCUGAACAAAUGCAGUCUUGGAUCACACGCAUCAACACAGUGGCGGCCAUGUUUUCAGCCCCGCCCCUCCCUGCUGCCAUUGGCUCACAGAAGAAAUUCAGUCGACCGCUGCUGCCAGGCUCCGCCUCCAAGCUGUCACAGGAGGAGCAGGUACAGGCUCAUGAAGCUCGAUUUCGCUCCAUCUCCACUGAGCUUGCACAACUGCGCUCUUAUCCGCCUGACAGAAAGGUGAAAGGUCGUGAACUCGAGGAGUACCGGCUGAGAGAGGAGUAUCUGGAGUUUGAGAAAACGCGCUAUGAGACGUACAGCAUGCUCCUGCGGGCGAAGCAGCGCUGCGACGACGAUGACCUGUCAGUGUUUGAGACCAUGCUCCUGGAGGAAGGUGCGCUACAGAGAGCUCAGUCCAGCCCCACGCUUCAGGACAGCAGUAUAACCUGCAGCACCAGAGACGGCGCGAGCCAAAGCAUUGCCGCUGAUGCACAAGAACCGUCUGGAAACGGAAACAACGGCUGCUCCCGCGGUCAGGGCCAGAGACACAGCUACCGGCAGGCCGUCCGCAAGUGAAGCCACCACCGCCAUCCACAGGAAGCUCGCUGUACUGGAGAGGAAGUGAGGUCUCUCUCUUUCCUGUGUGCGCCCUCCUGCUCUGUGUGCCAUCAGGAAGGGGUGUUGAUUCCGACUGAAUCUGACUCUGUGAUUGGCUGAUGGCUGGGUGAUGUCACAACACAAGGUGCUAUGGGAUCUGGACGGGAGAGCGUGAUUGGGAUUCGGAGGAACGUAAAUAUGAAACGCAUAACCUUCCUUUGCCUUCUAGUUCUCGGUUUCUUCUGCGACUUCUCACCCGAAGCCAUUUCAUCACACACUACCAAGUCAAAUCACCAAGUCGAACCUUUAAGAUAUGAUUGUGUUGGAAAGUCUUUAGUUUUUGCAUUUCUAGAAAUAACUCAUUUGUUUACAAUGCAUAUUAAAAUUCACCAAUUCUGCUCAAAAUGGUCAGGAGAAGUACGAACGCUCGAUAAAGCGACGUCUUGGAUGUGUGUAUUUCGGACGGUGAAACACAAUGCUUGUUGUGUGUCAUAAGGGCGUCUCAUUUCGUGUGGUGUUUAGGAGCGGUAGACGAGCAGAAAGCUGACUAGCCUGUAUGCAGCUAGUUAUUUCUUCAUGUUGUUCUCGGCAUUAGCGAUCUGUAUUUGUACAAUAAUGCACAGGGACAUCAAAGUCACUAAAUGCACCAUCCGUUUGCUCCGCAAAACCCUGUUUUGCCCUAAAAUGUCUUUUGCACUGAACACUAAGUAUUAUCACACUGCAAAAUUCAUUUUCUCAGUCAAUUUUGUCUUUUUUCUGAACAAAAAAAUUUAAACAUCCUUAAAAUGAGAUGCAUUAAUUUCAGAAACAAAUUUUGUGUAUUGAAUUUUUUUCUUACCUGAUUUACAGAUUGUAUUUUCCCUAGUUUUUCAGCACAAAC